AUGUCGGACUACAACCGCCAGCGCUCCUCUGGACGGUCAGCUCUGGGGUACUGGGUGCCGCUGGUGAUCACCGUUGGAGUUGCGACGGCCGGACUCGCUGCUUGGGUAUUGAGUGAGCGCCAGAGCGAUGAUGACGAUGAGGGGCUGAGCUACCAUGAUGAUAAUGCACCCAUCACCAUGGACCCCGGGUCCGGGGAUAGCUUCUCGAGGGCCGUCACAACCGCCACUGAUGAUGGGAGCGUGAUGUCUCGUUUCCAAGGUGCCUGGCGCCGAACUCCCAGCCCUAAACAACUGUUCGAUGGCGCUAGUCGCUCGGUCGUUGCAGGUGUGACUGCGGCGGGCGCAAUGGUUGGAGGCGCCUUAUCAUCUAUACGUGAAGAGGGGAGAAGCGAGUAUUACGACCACGACCAGCAACAGCAGCAGCAGGCGCGCGAAGACGAGGAGCUGGCUGUUCGUGAUGCACCUCGUCAGAGCCAGUCUACUCCUGGUGCAUUGCCUGCAGAUACCACGGGCGCCUCUCAGUCACGUCAGGGGCCGAAGAGGGUCAAGACAGUCGCCAUCGUGGUAUCUUCCGUUCUGCCAGAUUUAGAGGUCGACGAGCAGAUUUCUGGCCAUGCUUCAAUUCUAGCGCAUCUACCUGAGUAUAUUGAACCUGAAACGUCUCGUAUCUUCGUCCUCAUCUAUGCGCCGGGCGUGCAGCCCUCUGCUGCAGGCACAUCUAAGCCAACACUGUCAAUUACAUCCUCAUACUCCAACAUUGCAUCUGAGGAGGCCACUGGUGCAGAGUCCACUGAGGUUAUGCCCCUCACCACCGUUGACCCCGACCCAACAACAUCCGAUGAAACCCAGCAACCCACUGCUCUCUACCAUACUCUAUACUCUCAGGCCCAGGCAAUUGUGGAUAAUGAGACAAUGAUUAUGCCCUUCAGCACUCCUGGUGGCCACGUCCACAUUCUCCGCCACCUUUCUCCAGAGAUCGUAUAUAUUCAGGAGAGCCUGACUGGCAAUAAUGGAGAGAGUGUCAACCAGAUCUCCGGAUGGGUCCGCCAGGUAGUUGUUGUUAUUGGUGAUGAAGGUGGACGAGGUGGUCUCAUUGAUAGUGACGAUGAAUCUGCCCUUGCUGACAAGGGAGAACGGUGGUGGCAGAAAGAGGGCGUCACUGGCCUCGGCAAACGAAUUACUGUCGUUGACGGAGUUCGGAUUGGCGAGGAGUGGAAACGACGUGUUUGCGGUCACGAAUGA